UCUUCUUCAUUAUUAGCUCAUCAUUAUUAACUUAUCUGGGUCUUGUAUUUAAGACUGUAACUGUUUUCCGGUACAAAGAGAAAAACAGUAACAUUUUCCACAAUUAAACAAAGCUGCUGUUGUACUGUCUUUGCCUUAAAAGUACUAAUUUUGGGUUACAGAAAAUUACUGGGUCCUGCUGAAUAAUAGGUACAUAAAUAUCCGGGUCUUCUCUGCUUUUUGGUUCUGUUUCUUGAAUAGUAAAUCUCCCUCCCUCUCUCUCUCUCUCUCUCUCUCUGUCUUCACACAUCUCUCAUAUUCUUGUUUGCAUCUUUCUCUGAGAAAUGUUCAUUUCUACUGAAAAUGAACAGAUCUCAGUUCAUUUCAACAAUGGGUGCUUAGGAUCACCUCCCAUGGAAUCAAACCCGGAUUCCAUUGAUGGGUUGCCGGCUGUUUCUUAUUCCAAUGAUGUCAAUGUCGUCCCGGAGCAUGAAAAGAAUCAGCUUCAGCAGACAGUGUGCAAUCUUGAAGGAGAAAUUGCACAGUUGAAGCUGAAGCAGAAACUAUGGGAUGAGAAGAGGAGAGAAGCUUUGAAUAAGAUCAUAGACAUCAAAGGCAGUAUUCGAGUCUUUUGUCGAGUUAGACCAUUCCUAGUGAUCAACAAGAGAAGAAUCCGCGAACCCAUUUCAGCUGGAUCAGAGACGAUUGUGGUAAAGUCUUCUGGAGCAAGAAAAGAAUUUGAGUUUGACAAGGUUUUUCCCCAAGAAACAAGCCAAGAAGAUGUAUUUGCUGAGGUGGAACCAAUUAUCAGAUCUGCACUUGAUGGUCACAAUGUGUGUGUUUUUGCUCAUGGUCAAACUGGCACUGGCAAGACAUUUACCAUGGAUGGCACAAAUGAGGAGCCAGGAAUCAUUCCUAGAGCUCUCAGAGAGAUCUUUAGUCAAGCCUCAUUGGAUAGCUCAUCUUCUUUAUCGUUUUCGAUGAGCAUGUUGGAAGUUUACAUGGGCAAUCUUAGGGAUCUUCUAUCCCCAAAAGCAGCCACUAGGCCACAUGAAGCUGUAACAAGAUGCAAUCUCAGUAUUCAAACAGACACCAAGGGGUUCAUAGAAAUCGAGGGUCUUACAGAAGUGCCGGUUCUUGAUUUUGCUAAAGCUAGAUGGUGGUAUAAUCGGGGGAAGCGAGUUAGAUCUACUGCUUGGACUAAUGUGAAUGAGGCAUCUAGCAGGUCUCACUGCUUAACGAGGAUAACCAUAUUCCGACAUGGAGAUGCUUUGAAAGCCAAAAGGGAAGUGAGCAAACUGUGGUUGGUUGAUCUUGGUGGAAGCGAAAGAUUGCUUAAAACAGGAGCAACUGGACUAACACUUGAUGAGGGAAGGGCCAUAAAUCUUUCUCUCUCAGCUUUGGGGGAUGUUAUUGCUGCUCUAAGAAGGAAACGAGGCCAUGUGCCUUACAGGAAUAGCAAACUCACACAGAUCCUUAAAGAUUCCUUAGGUCAUGGUUCGAAAGUUUUGAUGCUUGUUCAUGUCAGCCCAUGUGAACAAGAUGUUGCUGAGACAAUCUGUUCUUUGAGCUUUGCGAAGAGGGCAAGGGCUAUAGAGAAUAACAGGGAAAUAUCAGAGGACCUGAAGAAGCAAAAGGAGAAAAGGACCAAGGAGCUUGAAAAUGAUAUGAGAAAAGCCAAAGAAGAAUGUCAGAAAGUUAAAAAUCAAAUACAGAAGGCUGAGUUACUGUUACAUGUAAAUAUUAAGCACUUCUCAACCAGUUAUGGACCUUCUGAAGUUGAGGAGGUCCCCAUUAGUCCCAAAGAAGUUGUGAAGGAAGUCAUAGAAACACCUAGAAAGCGUGAGAAAGCAAGUAGAGGAACUGCUGCUAAUUCUUUGCCUCGGUUCAUGACUUCCACUGCAGCCAGUCGACAUAGACAAACUGCUGCAGAAAGACAAAUUGUUGGCAAAGCAAGAAGCUUGAGAUCAUAUGUCACCAAAAGCUCAAUUCAAUUCUCGGCUUCACAAUCAAUGAGUUACUCCUCGGAUGCUCGUUUCAGAACCAUCUUGCAAAACUCAAACAGAAAGUCCAGAUACUCACUGGAAACAGAUACUGUCCCUGCAGAGAGUCCCAGGUGCCAUGUCUCAGAGCUGUCCAAGACAGCAGCCUCACUGCCGCGAAACAAGAUGGUCACUUCAUCGGAUCCAAACUUGAAAGUUAUGCUUAAUCGUCAUAGAAGAAGGAUGUCUGAUCUAAUCUAACUAUCCAAGUACGACUAUCUAAGUGUCAGAAAGAGCUGGAUUGUUUGCUAAUGGUUGCGGUAUAGUAUGAAUAAUACUGGUGUGCAAGAUUCUAUAGGGAGUGUUGUGUGAUAAUGACUCAGGGUGGUCUGAUUAGGGAGGUUGUUGCGUGCUGGGGUGUGUUAAAUAUUUGCAUACACGACCCCUUUAUACGUUGUUCGGUUAGGCUUGCUGAUCAAUGUAGUUCAUUGUUGACAGAAGUUUGUAAACCAUAUUGGGCACUUUGUUGCUUUCGGACAUGUGGAGAAAGAUAGAUUGUUUCUUUGCUUGAAGCCUUGCGACACACUUCAUCAUCUUUGGCUCAUUUGAUUCAGUUCUAAUCUUCUCCUUGAUUUCAAACCUUUACAUUUCUGGUGAAAUGAGUCACACUCAGAGUGAUCGACACUUGAGUGUUUAGGCAAGUGAUGUGGACUAGAGAACAUGAUCUUGACUCUUGAGCUAUAUAUUCCCCUAGAUUUUGUAUUGGUCUUUUGUCAGAUGGAUCUGAUUUUACUUUGUUAACAACAACUUUCCUUUACCAUCAAGUAACACAACAUACAAGUC